AAUAAAUCUAGCAAACUGUUACAGUAGAGAAAAUGUCAUCGUCUUCAGAACCAACAAAGUUUAAAAUGGUUGUUGUUGGAGCUGGCGGUGUUGGAAAAAGUGCUCUGACGAUACAACUUAUCCAGAACCAUUUUGUUGAAGAUUAUGACCCUACUAUUGAGGAUUCUUAUAUCAAGCAGGUUGUUGUAGAUGGUGCAAUAUGCAUUCUUGAUAUUCUUGAUACUGCAGGUCAAGAAGAGUACAGUGCAAUGCGAGAACACUACAUGCGUACUGGAGAAGGUUUUUUGUGCAUGUUUGCUGUGACAAGUUUAAAAUCAUUUCAAGAAAUUGACAAUUUUAGAACUCAAGCUCUAAGAGUAAAAGAUGCUGACAAAGUACCUAUGGUUUUGGUAGGCAACAAAGUUGAUCUACCAAAAAGAGAUGUUUCUACUAAAGAUGGUAACGAUAAAGCACUUAGUUUUGGCAUUCCAUACGUUGAAACAUCUGCAAAAACUAAACAAGGAGUGGAAGAAGCAUUUUUUACCUUAGUUCGAGAGAUUCUAGCAGAUCGCCGUAAUCAAGAAGGACAAAAAAAAAGUGACUCAAAAAGAGCGAAAUUCAAGUGCACGCUAUUGUAAAUGUUUUCGGAUUUAAUGUAACCAUCCACUUAAAUAUUUGUGGAAAAUCAUUUUUAUAGGAUGAGCCAAAUUCUCAUUUUCUCGCAACAAAAAUGUUUUCAGCCAAGACUUUGUAAAAUAUUUAAUGAGUUUUUG